AUUUAUUGUUUAUAUUGGUGGUCGAAUUGGUAUAUUUGGUGGUAAUCCAAAACGAUUAAUUCAUGAUAUGCAAUUAUUACAACCAACAAUUACAGCCUUAGUACCACGAUUACUAAAUCGUUAUCAUGAUAUUGUAAUGGAAAAUGUAUUAAAGCAAAAUAUUAUCAAACGAUUCAUCUUUAAUAUAGCAUUAAAAUGCAAAUUACGACAAUUAGCCAAAGGUCAACUUCAUUUCAAUACAAUAUGGGAUAAGACAGUAUUCAAAAAAACUCGAGCUCUUCUUGGUGGUCAAAUGCGAUUAAUUACAUCUGGUGGCGCACCAAUUUCCGCCCAUGUGAUGAAUUUCUCACGGGUUGUUUAUGGUUGUUUAUUGAUUGAAGGCUAUGGUCAAACAGAAUGUUCCGCAGCUGGUACCAUAUCAUUACCAUUUGAUACAAUUGGUGGACAUGUUGGUGGACCAGCGGUUUGGGCACAAGUAAAAUUAGUGGACGUAAAAGAAAUGGGAUAUAGUGCGGAUGAAAAUAAAGGUGAAGUAUGUUUCCGUGGUGCUGGUCUUAUGGAUGGUUAUUUUAAUGAUCCACAACUUACAUCACAAACUGUAGAUCAAGAGGUUAAUCUUCAAAAAUUUAUUAAAAAAUUAAAUUAUUAA